AUGAAGAACGCGAAAAAGAAGAAAAUCUCGAGGAAGAACAAGAGUUCUUGGCGGAAGCAUGUGGAUAUAUCAGAUGUGGACAAUUUUCUGGAAUCCUCGAGGCUUGAUGAAAGAAUAGGAACUGUUGCUGAUGUCCCAAAUGCUGGACUCUUCCAGGAAGACAAGACUCCUAGUAAAAAAUCUCAGAAGACUUCAGCCAAGGGGAAACGCCGGAGUAUUAUUGCUCGGCCAUUGAAGUGUCUGUCAGCUCUGGAGAAUACUUCCAAGGUCACUGAUCCUCUUACAAAUAGGACAAAGGUAAAAGGUCGGAAGAAUAUGGUGACAAUGAAGCAUUCUUCAAAAGUUCCAGGGAAUCCAUCAAAAACUGAAGAGAGUAAGCAAAUUGCAUUUGACCAUGAUCUCUGGAAUGUGGAGAAGCCUGCUGUGCAGGUGGAAAAGAAAAAAACCGAAUUGGAGAAUGAAUGGUUAUCGGCUAAAUUAUUAGAUCAUCAUUUGAGGAAUACCGGAACAUCUACCUUCAGGGUGCCCAAGACAGCUCGUAAGGAAACCUCCAAGAUUAAGGCAUUUGAGCCUCCACAUCCAGGAAUGAGUUACAAUCCACGAAAAGUGGACUAUAGGAGUCUCAUUGAGGAUGUUGUGAAGAAUGAGGAGGUUCUGAUGAAGAAGGACGAACAUCUGAACAGAGUGACAACGGAGAUGUUUACGAAGAUGACGGCAGAGGAGAAGGAGAAGCAGGUGUUGCAGGAGAUGUCAGUUGGAUUGGGUUUGGAAAUGGAGAUAAAGCAGGAAGAUGAGAUAAAAAAAGAGUUUCCUGAUGAGGAGGUUGCAGGAGGAGCAAUAAAUCCUCCGGUUGAACGUAAACCGAAGAGUCGAAAGGCUCUGAGGAAGAAGGCUGAAGAGAUGAAGCGCCGGGAGGCUCUGAAGAAGUCUAAGGUUGAGAAGAAGAAGAUCAGCGAUAUCAUUCAGAUUGGGAAGUUGAAGCAGGCAAUUGUGAAGAAGGAAAUGAAGUUGGCUAAUAGAAGGAACAGGGAUGACAAGGAAGAGGUAGAUAAGGAUUUCCGACCGAGGAGAAUUGGUCCAUUGGUGUUCAAGGAAGCGGAUAUCGAUGUGGCAUAUCCGGAUGAAGUGACGGGGAAUCUGAGGACAACGAUGAAUCACGGAAGUAUCCUCAAGGAUCGCUUUGUGAGCCUCGAAAAGCGAAAUAUGGUUGUGCCUAGCAAGAAGCAGAUGGUCAGGAAGCGUCAUAAGGUGAAGACUUAUGUGAAGAAUACGCACAAGGGAUUUGUGGUGAAGCCCAUCAACAACUAUCAACCACGCAGGAAUAAAUGAAUAAAGAUUUUUUUGCUUAAAA